GAAUUAAAUUUUACAAAUAAAGGAAGUCGAGGGUUGAGGAGCUGCAGAGUCAGAGGAAAACAAACAUGACUGCUGACCGGGAGCAAUGUCUCUCAGAUUAUCGUCGGAGGCUGAUAGAGCACCGCGAAGUCGACUCAAAACUAAGGAAGUUGAGAGAGGAGAAGAAAGAGUUAGACAAGCAAUAUGAUAAGAGUGAGAAUGACCUCAAGGCUCUGCAGAGUGUUGGCCAGAUUGUUGGAGAAGUUUUAAAGCAGCUUACUGAAGAAAAAUUCAUUGUGAAAGCUACAAAUGGCCCUCGUUAUGUUGUGGGUUGCAGACGCCAACUUGAUAAGGGCAAACUCAAGUCUGGUACACGUGUGGCACUGGACAUGACAACUCUAACAAUCAUGAGGUACCUACCCCGUGAAGUUGACCCUCUUGUGUACAAUAUGAGCCAUGAAGAUCCUGGUGAUGUCACAUACAACAAAAUUGGAGGUUUGGCUGAACAGAUUCGUGAACUUAGAGAGGUAAUUGAGCUACCUCUGCUUAACCCAGAACUCUUCCAUAGAGUAGGAAUCAAUCCACCCAAGGGAUGCUUGCUCUAUGGACCUCCAGGUACAGGGAAGACACUCUUAGCACGAGCUGUUGCCUCGCAGCUUGAUUGCAACUUUCUAAAGGUUGUAUCAAGUGCUAUUGUAGAUAAGUACAUUGGAGAAUCAGCUCGGCUUAUUCGUGAGAUGUUCAAUUAUGCUCGUGACCACCAGCCAUGUAUAAUCUUUAUGGACGAGAUUGAUGCUAUUGGUGGAAGGAGGUUUUCUGAAGGAACGUCAGCUGACCGAGAGAUUCAACGUACACUCAUGGAGUUGCUCAAUCAAAUGGAUGGCUUCGAUUCUCUGGGUCAAGUAAAAAUGAUUAUGGCCACCAAUCGUCCAGACACACUGGAUCCUGCCUUACUGCGUCCUGGACGUCUUGAUAGAAAAAUUGAAAUUGCCCUUCCCAAUGAACAAGCUAGAUUGGAAAUUCUCAAAAUUCAUUCUGGACCAAUCACCAAGCGAGGAGAAAUUGAUUAUGAAGCAGUGGUGAAACUCUCUGAUGGCUUUAAUGGUGCUGAUCUUCGUAACGUAUGUACUGAAGCAGGUCUCUUUGCCAUCCGGAAUGAGCGUGAUUAUGUCAUAGAAGAAGAUUUUAUGAAAGCUGUGCGUAAGGUUUCAGAUAAUAAGAAAUUAGAAACUAAGCUAGAUUACAAACCAAUUUAAAUGAAUUAAUGGUAUUUAUAGUAGGUGAUGCAGGUAUUUGAAUGAUUGUUUUUAAAUACAGUAUUCAGUUUUCUUUAUAUGAACCUGUAAUACCAGCUAUAUUUACUUUCCAGAUUUAUUUUUUUAGUGAGGAGACUACUUAACAAUUUGAGCAUCAUGUUUUGCAUUUCAAUGGGUGUAAAAUUCAGUAUCCAAAAAAUGCAUUUGCUAUCUAACUAGUGUUUCUUCUCAAGUAUAUUCUCGGUCCUUUAAAUGUAGGCUCAAAAGGUAUUGCUUAAAAUUAAAGAAAGUUUUGUAAAA